GGGAAGCCGAGGGCGAAGGGCGCUGAGGGGCUGAGGGGACCGGCGGCGGGAGGACGUGGUCCUCGGCACAUGCCUGCGGAGGAGGCGGCACUGCGUCCGGCCGUGUCUCUGGAAGAAUGGCUGCUGUUUUUUUAAAGACAUUGACAUUACAAACCAUAAGGACUGAACAUAAUUGCCUUAGAAGAUGUUUGGAUAAAUACAUCAUGCAGAAGACGGCACUAGCCCAGUUGCCCCUCACUGCUUCUGCGCCAAGACUGGCCCCUCUGGCUCAUGCAAAAGCUUUUAGUACUGUUGAGGACACCCAGGAUGAAAGAAAGAAACAAAAGAAUGAAACUGGUUUUAGUAACAUUGGAAGAAAAAUUAGUGAGCGAAUUAUCCAUAUAUUUGAUGAGAAGGGCAAUGACUUGGGAAACAUGCACCGCGCAGACGUGAUUCGGCUCAUGGACGAGAGAGACCUGCGGCUGGUGAGGAGGAAGCCCAGCGCGGAGCCCCCCGAGUACCAGCUCAUGACGGGCACGCAGAUCCAUGACGAGCGGCUGAGGCUGAGAGCGCAGGAGAAGGCCAGCCCUAAAACUGGACCAGCUCUGACAAAGGAACUAACAUUUUCUUCAAAUAUCGGACAACAUGAUUUGGACACAAAGAGUAAACAGAUUCAGCAGUGGAUUGAGAAAAAAUACAAAGUUCAAGUUACUAUAAAGAAGGCAAAGAAUGUAGAAGAGCCAGAAAAUCACAUGGAGGAACUAGUUAAUCAAAUUCUCCAGACUAUGCCUGGAAUAGCUACCUUCUCAUCCAAGCCACAACCUGUUAAAGGAGGAAAAGCUGUAAUGUGUGUUCUUCGUCAUUUGAGCAAAAAGGAAGAGAUUGCAUAUAGACAAACUCAAGAGACCCAGAAAGGAGACCCUUUGAACAAAGAAAAUGAAAAUGAUAGAGAAUCAGAUAUUCGGCAUCAGUGAUUAAAGGAAAAAUAUGUUUGAUUGAAAAUACAGGCAUACUUUGUUUUAUUGUGCUU